AGCACAAUCAAUCUUCAACCCUCGCUCCUGUACCGGUACAGUAGAUUCAAAGUCACCCGCUCGCAUCUCGAGAACCCAUCACUUCCUCAUCUCCUCCAUCUGAGUCUUCCGUGACUCGAUUCCAAACUUCCUCCCGCUGCCGUCCGCCUCGACCUCACCCUUUCCACCUCUUCGCCUCUCAACCUUCGACACAGCUAUCCUCAUUCCUUGCCAUCACCGCAAUCAUGGCUACCAACGGAGAUCUGCAAUCUGAUGAUGAGUUUUCUCAACCCGGAACACCCCCCGGAGAAGAGAAUGACACUUUCGCGGAUGAUGGUGAAGAGACCAACCAGCCAUUGAAGUCCGCCCUUAAGAAGAACACCACAGCAGCGAUUCCAGAACCUCAGGUCUCUAGACCAGUUCUGCCCGAGCAACCCGACCCAAAAGAUCUUGAUAUCUCAAAAUUGACUCCUUUGUCUCCUGAAAUCAUCUCCCGUCAAGCCACCAUCAACAUUGGCACCAUUGGUCAUGUCGCUCACGGAAAGUCAACCGUCGUCAAGGCCAUCUCAGGUGUGCAGACGGUUCGUUUCAAGAACGAACUCGAGCGAAACAUCACCAUCAAGCUUGGUUAUGCCAAUGCCAAAAUUUACAAGUGCGACAAUGAAGCAUGUCCCAGACCAACCUGCUACAGGUCAUUCAAGUCUGAGAAGGAAGUAGACCCUCCUUGCGAGAGAGACGGCUGCACUGGCACAUAUCGUCUGCUGCGACAUGUCUCUUUUGUCGACUGCCCGGGCCACGAUAUUCUUAUGAGUACCAUGCUUUCAGGCGCCGCAGUCAUGGACGCUGCGCUUCUCUUGAUUGCCGGAAACGAAUCCUGCCCUCAACCUCAGACCUCAGAACAUUUGGCCGCCAUCGAAAUCAUGAAACUGAAUCAUAUCAUCAUCCUGCAGAAUAAGGUGGAUCUUAUGCGCGAAGAAGGUGCACAACAACACUACGAGUCAAUUCUCAAGUUCAUCAAGGGAACGGUUGCAGACGGGUCUCCCAUCAUCCCCAUCUCCGCGCAGUUGAAAUACAACAUUGAUGCCAUCAACGAAUACCUGGUCACCAAAAUUCCCGUUCCCAUCAGAAACUUCCGGGACGCCCCACACAUGAUCGUUAUUCGUUCCUUUGAUGUCAACAAACCAGGUGCAGAGAUCGAAGACCUAAAAGGUGGUGUCGCUGGUGGUUCCAUUUUAACGGGUGUUCUCAAGUUGGGCGAUGAGAUUGAAAUCCGUCCGGGCAUCAUCACAAAGGAUGCCCAAGGCCAGACAAUUUGCCGACCCAUCAUGUCUCGUGUUGUUUCCCUCUUUGCCGAGCACAACGAUCUCAAGUUUGCCGUUCCUGGAGGUCUUAUUGGUGUGGGUACACGCGUCGAUCCAACACUCUGCCGUGCCGAUCGACUUGUCGGCCACGUCCUUGGUCUGAAAGGCCAACUUCCAGAGAUCUACAUGGAGCUGGAAGUGAACUACUUCCUCCUUCGACGCCUUCUCGGUGUCAAAACCGCCGAUGGCAAACAAGCAAAGGUCGCCAAAUUGGCCAAGAACGAAGUCCUUAUGGUUAACAUUGGGUCGACUGCUACGGGUGCCAAGGUCAUGGGCGUGAAGGCCGAUGCUGCUAAGCUGACAUUGACCAAUCCCGCGUGUACAGCAAUCGGGGAGAAGAUUGCCUUGAGCAGAAGAAUCGAAAAGCAUUGGCGUUUGAUCGGCUGGGCGAAUAUCGUCGCUGGCAACACUAUUGAACCCGAGAGCUCGUAAGAGAUGUUUAUGAGAUAGGGGGUUAGAUGGCAACUACGCUGUGUUAUCAGUUGGUUGUUGAAAUGGGAGCGUGUUUACGCAAAGAACACGGAAGGGAGCCAGAAUAUGAUGAAGACAUGAAAUUGGUCGACGACCGCAGACAGCAGAUAACGGAUCAUCAAGCAUGGUAGCCGACAAGGAGGGACCUCUGGGCCACCCCAAAAUUCAGACUAGAACCAUGCACUGUGGCCUGCGAUGGGAACCAGCAACAGCCCAACGAAUAGCGAAUUCUCUGCAUGAGGUAUAAGAACAGCCAUGGUCCCAAAGGAACGGCAAAUUGCAUCAUGCUCAAAUCUCUACGUUUCUCCACCAAGGGUUCACUCUCUCUCACUCAGUCUGGUAGAUAUCAUGACUAUUACCUACCUACCUUGUCUCACUAGCCUAACGACCAUGUCCCAUCUCAUCCGAUCGGACAUACCAGGACGGACUGGUGCCAUGUUCUCGAGUCCCUGAAAUGCCUGUUCUUCUCUCAUGCGACUACACAUAUCCUAUCCUGGCUGACUGGAACAAGGCGCAUGUGUGGACAUGUGCGGAUUCGAUAUACUGAGUAGAUAAGGUAUGGAAGCUCAUUCGAACAUCAGAGGGGUUGUGGUG